UCCUGGACGAUAUCCUUCCUCGAUAUAUGCGCUUCCCGCACGAGGCAAGGCACCUCACACCCUGGUCGAUGGAGUGUCCGCCUGGACAAGGCCAUGUAGAUCGCCACUGCGAGCGUCUAUAUACGUCCUCGCUUCCCAUAGCAGGCUGUGUGCCUCCGGUCUGAUCACCGCGCACGGCAUCAUCAUGUCCAACCAAGGCGAACACGUCCACCCAGUGCUGGCCGAGGACAUGUCCUCGGACAGUGGCAAGCCCGGCAAGCUCGGAACCUUUAUCGAAUAUGCUGAGAAGCCUACUUCCUCGGGCGACUUCCCACCUGUCGACUGGUACGAGCGCCUCAAGGCCGAGUACACGGGGCAGCAUGCUGGCGAGACAUUCCCCGCCGGGUGUGACCCUAAUCGCAUGGCCCAAGCCAUCCUGACGCUGAACGAGACCGAGUCGGUCAAGGUCCUCGAGGAACUCCUUGAAACCCAGAGGGACGACUACACCAUUGACCAGAGGAUGCUUGCUCGCGUGCGCGAGCUCAUCCAGGGCCACGAAGCAUGCGAGAUGGAGCAGGGCGAGUGGUCGUACGAGGUCUGCAAACGAGCUGGCCUGUAUCGUAACUGGUCACCCUAUGCGGAGGUGCGUGCCGUGACGCUGCCAUACGAUGACCCGAACGAGGCGUGCGAGAGCUUCCGAGCCUAUGUGCUGGGGUACUUUUGGGUUUGCGUGUGUACCAUGGUCAACACAUUCUUCUCCCCCCGUCAGCCUGGGAUCUCGAUCCCAGGCUCCGUCGUCCAGCUGCUGCUCGUCCCCAUGGGCCGUGGCAUGGCCUGGCUCCUGCCCGACUGGGGCUUCCGCUUCCGCGGCACACGGUAUACGAUCAACCCGGGUCCUUGGACGAGCAAGGAGCAGCUUUUUGCCACCAUCAUCUUCACGGGUGCCUCCAGCAUCGGCAACUUCACCGGCCUCCUCGUGCUGCGCAUGCCCGUCUUCUUCAACCAGCGCUGGGCCACGUUCGGCAAGGGCGUGAGCUUCAGUUGGUGGGGAAACGAUGAGCCGAGGGCGGGCGUGGACUUUCAGCUGUACAAUAACAAUGCGUCGCUGUACAAGGUGCCAGAGGGCGGGUUUGGGCUGGCCCCAGAGGACUAUCCGAGGGGGUGGUGAGCUCUUGGGUUGAGCCUGCGUAUUGAUUCGGUGGUUAAUAACACACUCUGCACGAACCAGCCCUCCCUCGCGCAAACCUCAAGCCGAAGGGGGCUUUUGUCAGGCGUGGAAUGAAACGGGCGAAUCAUCUUACACCAAGACCUUGAUCUGGCGUAAAGCCUCCGUUCGAUAGUGGCUAUCGUAAGCACACCUGCAUACAGGCUGCAGCACACUUCCCCAAGUUUCCCUUGCUGCUUUGACAUCUCGGGGUGGCUCGGCGACCAUGAAGGGCGAGAUGCCAAAUCCGCCCAAAUACUCGAGGGCCAAUGUGUAUAUAUAUGUCGGAAGAUAACACUGAGGCUACGAAACAUCAUCACAGAAACC